UCGCCCAGGACACCGCGCAAACUGCGCUCGCCUUCGAGUAGGAGGGGUCAGUCUGCGCCGUCGCUGCCCAUGAGGCAGGCGGAUGAUGCGCACGAUGCUGUUAACUAUCUCAGCCUCUACGACCAAGAGCGUAGAGCGAAGGUUCAGGCCGAGAAGGAGUGGCACGAGCGAUGCACCAGUUUGCAAGACGCCCUUGACAGCAGCGAGGAGGCAGCUAAGAAGUUGAAAGAGAAGUGCAAAACAUUAGAGGAAGAUCUCAAGCACAAGCAGAAGGAGGUUGAGCAUGCUGAAGUGGAGCAAUGUGCCGGUAAUGAAGCCGUGCAAGGGCUUAACAAGGUUAUGCGAGAGCGCGAUGAAGCCAGCGCGAAGGCCGCCGCGUUGGAGAAGCAGCUGGAAGUCGCCUACUCGUCGCAACUUGACGCGCACCAGAAGCUAGACGAAGUCACACUCGAGCGGGACACUGCGCACCAACAGCAAGCCAUCCUUGUGAACAACUUCAAUGAGCAGCAACAGAUUGCUAAGAACUGGGAAGAUAUGGCGCAGUUUGGCACCGACGCGCAGCAACAGCUCAACGACGCGAUGACCGCGCUCCGCCAAGAGUUCGGCGAGAUCGCAGGCGCACUCGACGUCUACCCUUACCUCGAGGCGUUCCGCGAAAAGCAGCAAGCCGGCGGGCUGAAGCGAGAAGACUCCUACUCCAGCCUCUUCGAAGAACCGGUGCUCGCCAAGCCGAGGAAGCGUCCGCAGAGCCAGCGUCAGGUCUCGCUCGGCGAUGAGCUCAGCAGCAAGAUGGAAAUGGAUGUUGGUGAGGGCGAAGAAGGCCUCGCCACAGUCAAGCAGGACGAUCAUUCUAACGCUGAUGAUAUGGACAUCACCAUCACGCAGGACUGGAGUCCGGAGAUGAAGGCGUUGAUCGAGAAGUAUGACGCCGAGCUCAAGGCGGCGCGAUACGAGAUCAAGUGUUGGGAGGAGAAGCAAGCAGAGAAUCAGAAAUGUUUCGAUCAGCAGGAGGAAGAGAAGAAAGAGCUCGAGGGCGAGAAGGACGCGCUGAAAGAGCAGAAGGAGAAGAUCGAGAUCGAAUCGCAGGCGCUGAAGGCGCAAAAGGCAAAGCUCGAGGCUGAUUUCACUGCGGUGCAGGAGGAGAAAGAUGACUUUGCGACCAGGCUUGCCCAGGUGGACCUCUUCAGGGUUGACGCCGAUCUGAAGCGGCUGCAAGAGGCUAAGGACAGCUCCGAGGCUGAGCUGAAGGCGCAGCUGAAUGAGGAGAAGCAAAAGAGCGAAGCCGAAGUGAAGAGGCUCAAGUCCAUCAUCACGAACAAAGAGCAGACCAUGAAGCAGCGCGAACAGACGCUGCAGAAUUCUAUGAAUAUGAGAGCGAAGGUGGAGAAGGAGUUAGCGCAGCUGAAAGAUGCAGCUGCCCGUCAACCCACACCCAUUGCGCCGCCGCAAAUCACACCUAUAAUCACCACAGCAGCUCCUGCGCCGGCGAGCGCUAUUGGGAAGCGCACCGCCAGCGCAGCAACUCAGACUGAUCUGCCACCACCUCCCAAGAAGAUCGAGGAGCUGGAUAUCAUGCCACCGGUGACCAUAGCAGCUUUUGCUCCCACGCCCGCCAUCGGGAAGCGCGCCGCCAGCGCAGCGACCCAGACCGACCUCCCGGCCAUCCCCGAACCAAAGGCACCGCUCCAAACCACCCCAUCGGUCGCAAUAGCACCCUUUGCGCCCACGCGCGCCUGGCGAAAGCGCGUCGCCAAUGCCGCGACUCAGACCGAGGCGCUUGCCAUCCCAGCAACGAGACCGGUCUAUACCGAUACAGGGACGGCGACAGAACCCCUUCCCCCCGCCACUUCUGCGGGAGGGAAGGCGCUGCCGACUUCCAUGCAGCUUUUGUUCGCCGUCCUGCUGUUCGUGAUGGUGGGGAUGCUGCUUAAUCUCUCCAGCUUGCAGGGGCGGAUGGUGGAGGCUAAUGAUCCCACCAUUAUGUAUCAGUUUUGGACGCCGGAUCGCACGUAUAGUAGCUCGGUGUUGAGUCAGUUGGUUGGGGGGCCGUUUGUCGGGGAUACGGGGUUCUUUUAGGGUCGAGGUGGUGGUGAGGAGGUGAGGGACGGGAGACUGUUUUAUUACAGCUCCGAGUGCGGUGCCGAUAUGGUGUGUGAUGGCUUGGGAGUCUGUGUAUAACAAGCUCCAAGCGCAGCGGAAUUCACUGGGAUGCGCAUAGGUUUUCAUGAUACCCCGGGAGCGGCUCAAUGAGCAAAGGGAACGAUGAGGAUGCGCAGGUGUUCGUUCAAUAGCUUGGGAGACUGUGAAUGCAAGCUCCGGGCAUAAUGUAUGUAACGAGGCAAAACUACCUUAUCUACCCAAA